AUGUCUCAUGCUGAGAUCGACCAUAUUCUGAGAGACAGAAGAUGGUGCCUACUUGACACAUCAGUAGCUUCGUCAUUCUGUACUGGUUCCGAUCACCGCCUUAUUCGCUCGAAGAUUCGAUUCAGCCGCAAGCUGGAAAAGAACUCUCUUCAUCGACCACGAGGAAAAAGUCUAGCUGUAUACGACGAGAACAUUCUGAACGAAGUCCUGUCCAAACGUGACUGGCAGAUUAAAGACGACCUGACUGAAGACUACGAGCUGCUUGUCGAAGGACUGAAAGGCUGUGCCGAAUUCGCCUCAGUUCCUCAAGCAAGAAGAUCGGAUCGCAUGUCCAUCACUACUAAGGGGUUGCUCGAAAAGAGAAGGAAACUGAAGCUUGAUCCUACUGCAACAUAGUAUGCAGCGAAUUGUUUGCUCAACGCCCUGAAGAAUGUUCAGGUGUUCAUUUCAUGUGAACGACAGCUGGUUUGUUCUGGUGUUCUGGAUUGGCACGACGGUGUGGUUUGA